AUGAUUCGCUCAACGCAAAUAGCAAGGCUUGAUGGCCUUAUGCUCUGUGCUUCCGUCGACGACGAGCAGACCGAGUCGUCGCUAUCAGAGAUCAAGUCGCAAAUCAAGCUGAUUCUGCGCCGACUGAACCGCAACUCAGAGCCGCAGGCGUCGAUCGAGAGCGGCGGCUACACGAUCCACUACCUCAUCUCCUCGGACAUCGUCUACGUGUGCAUUACCGACAAGUCGUACCCGCGCAAGCUGGCCUUCACCUACCUGCAAGACCUAGCCACCGAGUUCAGCACCACCUAUCCUAUGGGCCAGCUGCUGAGCACGACGCUGCGCCCCUACGCCUUCAUGGAAUUCGACACCUUCAUCAGCCGCACCAAGGCGACCUACAGCGACACCCGCGCGACGCAGAACCUCGACAAGCUCAAUGACGAGCUGCGCGACGUCACAAAGGUCAUGACCAAGAACAUUGAGGACCUUCUAUACCGAGGAGACAGCCUGGACCGCAUGGGCGAGAUCAGCAGUCGGCUGAGGGACGACAGCAAGAAGUACAGGCGCGCGGCGGUCAAGAUCAACUGGGAUCUGAUGCUCAAGCAGUACGGCCCCUUUGCCGCGCUGGGGCUCAUCAUUCUCAUCUUCCUGUGGUGGCGGUUUUUCUGA